CACAUGGGUAUCUUCACCUCAGAGCUGAGAAAGUAACUCAGAGCCUGCCUGCCUGCUCAUUUCCUUCCUCCAAACACUCAGCUCAGUUCAAGGAAAUCACUCCUGUUUUCACACACACACCGCCGGACCGCCUUUCUAAAAUGAUCAGUACAGUGCACACGCAGGUAGCUGUAUCCGUCUCCGUUUGAAGAAGCGAUGAAGGGUUUACUCGCGCUGCUGGUUCUGCUGUAUGUCCGAAUUAUCGAGGUAUGUUUUGUGUUUGUCUGUAAGCCUGUCCUGCAUAUUUUCAGCGUCUAUCAGAGUUUGCGGUCAACUUGGACAUGAGCCAGCCGGAAAGAUUCUUUGGAUGUCUAAAAUACCGGUCAAAGACACUGUCUACUGUGAGUUUAGGCUUUACUUAAAAGACUGAAUAGCAUGGGGUGAAAGCUAAAAGAGAAUAAUUUAACUUGUUAUCUAAAGUUUACAAAGUUUUAUUUAUCUUGAAGACUUAAAAACAGGCAACUGGACUGUGUAGAGUUAAGAAGACGUUUCGCCUCUUAUCCAAGAAGCUUCUUCAGUUCUAAAAGUGCUAGUGUCAGGAGCAGAUAUUUAUCUUACUGGAGAAGGGGGACAGUUAACGACUGGCUGGAGUUGAAAAGAAUGGGUCGUAGAAACCCAUCUCUCGGUGUUUCCCCCCCCCCAAGUCGUUAUCCUGAAAGGGUCGUUAGCGACUCCUAUCAUGUGACCACAUGACUCAUGCCACCUGAGUCAUGUGGUUCCAGGUGUGAAUGUUUGUGGAGCUUUCUCCAGAGGGGGUGGACUCAGGCACAAUCUCUCUGGCACUUACAAUGCAGUUCUCAGCUCUCUCCCCAGAAAGCUCCACAAACAUUCACACCUGGAACCACAUGACUCAGGUGGCAUGAGUCAUGUGGUCACAUGAUAGGAGUCGCUAACGACCCUUUCAGGACAACGACUUGGGGGACACACACCGAGAGAUGGGUUUCUACGACCCAUUCUUUUCAACUCCAGCCAGUCGUUAACUGUCCCCCUUCUCCAGUAAGAUAAAUAUCUGCUCCUGACACUAGCACUUUUAGAACUGAAGAAGCUUCUUGGAUAAGAGGCGAAACGUCUUCUUAACUCUACACAGUCCAGUUGCCUGUUUUUAAGUCUUCAAGAUAACCAUGACCUGGAUGAAUGAGAAUCUACAUGGACAAAGUUUUAUUUAGUUUGAUGCUCUAAAAUGCUGUUCUGUGUUCAGGUGUUGUCAUAAAAAGUGUCAUUAAUCACAGAGUCGACAAACACAGGAAACACUCUCAUUUUUUCCACAUCGAAUUCAGUUUUGAUUAUGUCCUGAGUGUGAUAAUACCAUAGAAGUGUCACUGUAUGCUUGAAAAGGUACCAGUUGUGGUGAGGUGACUCUGGAUGAAUAUUUGGUUUCACUUACUCUCUAUCUGAUGCACUUUCAGAAUGAAUGUCUCAUUGUUCAGACUCUCGGUUAUGAAAUAAUGCAGACACACUUUUCUGCUGUCCUGCAGUGUCAUUUGCACGCUUGCCAAAGGAGAUGAGUCAGUCUAGGUAAUUCUUCUUCUGAGCCAGGAGAAAAAGAAAAAAGGCAGACAGUAGCUGAUCAAACUCGACAGGUGUUUUAACUUUCUCAUCACAUGCACGCUGCCAGUGGCCCACCACAAGAGAACCCUGUAUACUUUUCAAUCUAGGUCUCCUGUUGUCGCCUCUGCUUCCUGUUAUACGAGAAAUACACUGCUGCCGUCAGCGUAUUCUGACUGUUGCUUGUAAUUGGAGGGCAAUUACAGGCAAGUACCUCUGCGGUGAGAAACUUUUUACUCUUCUUGCACGGGGCAGGUGUGUGAACCGUGCACUGUCACAACUUCUCAGCGCAGCAGUACUGUGGUUCUGGGUGCAGUAGUUAGGAUAUUUUGGUACACGUGAGGGUGGAGUUGUACUUUAGGCGCUGCAUGGUGCAUGUGUGAAGAGCCUGCCUACAGGACUUUAAAAAAGAAUCAGAGGGUAGAGUUAGCGUAUGGGUGAAAUCCACCUACUCCAACCCAGAGCAGAGACGGCCUGUUAAGCAAGGUCUACAGCUCAGGCCAGCUGCAGUACCAGAAGGGAAAAGGUGGGCACAGGUGUGGGUGGUCUGGUUCUACUUAAAGCUCCUGUCUAAUAAUGAAAAAGGUGAUAAUGAAUUAACCCCCCUUCAUACUGGCUGACUCUAGACAAUCAUAAUGUACCGAUACAAAUGUGCUUUUCUGGCUUAUGUCAAAGUAAGAGGCACAUUUUCUCAUAAGUAAUUCAAAGAUUACUCAGUAUACAGUAAAGCUCAACACCCUGAGCAGUACAAGCUCAGUACAUUUGAGUAAGAAGGCCACAUCAAAGACGAAAACGCUCCUCUCUGUCUUUAUCAGAUCAGUCGAAGAUGAGUUGCUAUAAGUCCUUCACCUCUUUUUCCCACAGGUCUGCUCUCAGCCUUAUCAACCGGACUCAGAGGGAGAGUGUCGCGACCGAACGUUAGAGUACCUCGUUGAUGAUUUAAACCUUUGCUGCAAGAAAUGCCCCCCUGGUAGGUGCUGUCCAGUAAACACAACAGGGACUGUAGUUAAAGUUUAAAAUAUAACACAUAUACUGGCAGUCAUGUUGAGUGUUCAGAAUAGAAUACAGUAUUUAAGGGUGAUGCUGCUGACUCAGGGGGAAACCACAAAACAAAAUUGACAAAAGUUGUGAAAAAUGUCGAUAAAGCUUCAGGAAGCAGGGAGGUACGAUGGAAUACACAAUGUGGCUCACAACUGUGACUCUUAAUACUUUAUAAAUACUGAUGAAUCAAACAGGGAAGUGUAUAUGCUGCAGAAGCAAUUAAUGAAUGCAGUGUAAAAAUACACUUCCCCUCUUAAGCAACUUAGCAUAAAGGACCAACCAAGCAAGAUCUAAAUACAGCACAUGACAAAUCUGCAGAAACUAGUUUAUUUUAUUUUAUUUUAUGCUGAAUGUCUUGAAGAUGGUUUCAUGGUUACCUUUUAAUAGGAACCUGUCAGAUCCCAUAUAUCCCAUAACUCUGACUUAUCUUUCAAACAAUAAUUUCUCUAUUUUAGUCACAGAAAGAAACAAUAAGCAGAGAAUUAGGGUUAGAUUAGUAUUAGACUUCGACAAAUGUUGAUUUUGUCUUAACUUUCAUAUUUCAUUAACAGAUUUUACCAGAUGAAGUUAACUCCUCAAAAAAAAACUUGAUAAGCUGAUACAGAAAGAUGAGGUAAUAGCUCUUGGGAAGGGUUAGUUUGUUCAAUUUUGACAACAGUUAUGAGAUAAAAAAAAAAGAUUUUUUUCACUGAUAGCAGUGUAGCUGAGUAUGGCUGACUAGCGUACACAGCCCUACAUGUUCACACUUCCAUACAGAAAGUUUUGACACAGAUGUUGAGAGAUAUGAGAGUUCAGGCUUGUCAGAUAACAAGGGUGCCUUGCAAACGCACUACUUUCAUUGAGCUGUGGUUGCUGAGUGUAAACUUCCCCAGAUCUAAUCAAGAACAGGAUACCAGCCUUUUAGGUCUCUGUAGUUUAGCUUAUACACCACUCAAUGAGGACAAACUUCUCUGUGGAUGUCCUUAAAACACACUCUUCUGUUUCCUUCUGUGCAGAAAAUGAGGGUAGAAGUAAGUCUUCACCUUGGUGUCUUUCAGCUGAAAAAUGCAUGUGGUACUCCGUUGCUAAGUCUUAGUCUCUCACUGUACCUGAACCUCCUGUGGGGAGUUUUUUGACGUCAAUAAAAUACACUGUAACUCAUAUCGAUCUCUAUCUAUGAUAAACAAAAUCAAACGUACAUCUGUGACAUAACAGACAAUUGAUAUGCUACAAUUUUUAAUGCACGAAACUGCUGCAAAGGGGGAGGUGUUGACAGAGCAGCUUAAGAAACAGCCUUGUUUUUACAUUUACUCAUCAAAAUUUGACGAUAAAUGAUACAUUUGACUGUUAAAAGUUAGCAGCAUAUGAUUUUCUCAGAAGAUACUGUUUAAGUGAGUAGAGGACAUGAUAAGUGAAGACUGCUUUGUCCACAGGGGGCUCCAAAAAGCACGUCAGAACUUGUUACUGCAUUAAAAGAAUAAAAAUAUGAGUAUUCUUUGUGACUGCAUUAAACUCAAAGAAGCUACCCUGGUAAAAAUGACAAGUAUGUAGGUAGUCUGACUUGUCCAAUAACAAAGUUUAUUGUUUGAGUAUUUUAUUUUUAAAAGUGAUUAUUAACACUAGUAUAAAGAUUUAAUGUUAUUUCUAAUCGUGCCAAAAUUAAGUCAAAUCAAAAUAAGUGCAAAUAUCACAAUAUUUUUGAUGACACUACAAUGACUUCUGACUAUGUAUCCGAUUUUAAAUCACAGCAUGAAUAAAAGCAUUUAAAUUUUUUACUCAUGUUGUUGAGCUCCUACAAAGAGAUUAUCCUUUUGCUCAGAGGAUAUUGGUUGUCACAGGAAGUGUGGCAGACACAUAAGGGAAGUACGAUGCUUUGAUUUCCUGAAUAAAAGUAAUCAUUCUUUGCAGUUUAUCCCUCAUACCCUGAUAGCUGUACUUAAAUCAUAUAGAAAAUAUAUCAAAAUGUAUCGAUAUGUACACUAAAUAACACUUGUUUCUAGAUAACUAUUCACUAAUAUCUGCUAAUACAUCAUAUACAAUAUAUGAUACUUGAAUACAAAAAAAUGUGUGAGGCAAUAAAGUGAAUUGUCUUAAUUUUCAAGUUGUUAGUUGUUGGGUGACAACUUAUCAUUUUAUGUUUCAAACUCAUGUUACAAUCAAGUGAAUGUACGUUAUAAAAUCUAUUGAUUAAUCAUAGCAUACUUCAUUGCAGGGCAUCGGCUACAACAACAGUGCUCUGAGAUGAAUGACACUGUGUGCACACCAUGUUCAGCGGGCCUGUACAUGGAAAAACACAACUACUCUCCAAACUGUCGCACCUGCAGCCAAUGCAGAGAAAGUAAGUGGCUGCACUUCAAACUCCAAAAAUGCAAAUUCAUGUAUUGAUUUGUUUCAUUCAUAAACACAUCUUAAGCUCGACAUUUUCUCCCCAAUAAAAAGUCAAAGGCCUGCGGUAUGCCCGGGCCUGCUCUUCAACCACCAUGUCCAAGUGUGAGUGCCAACCGGGGAUGUACUGCAUCAUAGGAUUUGAUAACCCAUACUGCCAGGAAUGUAAAAAAUACCGGAUAUGCAAAGCUGGUUUUGGAGUGUCUGUGGCAGGUAUGCUAUGCACUGAAUAUUUUUAAUGGUAACAACCAUGGAUGUAUAAAUAAAUUGAUAAUUGGAUGGAGAUGGAUGAAUGGAAUUAGUUGUUUAUAUAGAUGAAUGGCUGGCUGGCUGGAUGGAUGGAUGGAUGGAUGAAUGGAUGGAAAUCAAUUGAUGGAUGGUAAGAUGUAUAUGUAGACUAAUUACCAGAUGGAUGUAUAAAUAGAUUAAUGAGUGGAUGGAGAUGGAUGAAUGGAAUUAGAUGUUUAUAGAUGGAUGGAUGGCUGGAUGGAUGGAUGGAUGGAUGGAUGAAUGGAUGGAAAUCAAUUGAUGGAUGGUAAGAUGUAUAUGUAGACUAAUUACCAGAUGGAUGUAUAAAUAGAUUAAUGGGUGGAUGGAGAUGGAUGAAUGGAAUUAGAUGUUUAUAGAUGGAUGGAUGGAUGGAUUGGUUGAUGGAUAGAUGGAUGGAAUUCAAUUGAUGGAUGGUAAGAUGUUUAUGCAGAGUAAAUACCAGAUGGAUAUAUAAAUAGAUUGAUGGGUGGAUGGAGGGAUGGCUCGAUGGAUGGAUGGAUGGAUGGAUGGAUGGAUAGAUAGAUGGAUGAAUGGAUACAUCAAUUGAUGGAUGGUAAGAUGUUUAUACAGAGUAAAUACUAGAUGGAUGUAUAAAUAGAUUGAUGGGUGGAUGGAUGGAUGGAAAUCAAUUAACGGAUGGUAAGAUGUUUAUGUAGAGAAAUCGGAUGGAUGGAUGGAUGGAUGGAUGGAUGGAAAUCAAUUAACGGAUGGUAAGAUGAAUAUGUAGAGUAAUUACCAGAUGGAUGUAUAAAUAGAUUGAUGGGUGGAUGGAUGGCUUGAUGGAUGGAUGGAUGGAUGGAUGGAUUCCUUAAUCCCUUUGAUUACUGACAGAACAGCUACAGUGAUUUCAGUGUUACCCUCAUUCUAACGGUUAUAGUGGGAUUAGUGACAGUUAAAUGCACUAAUAUCUGCUCAUACUAACAGUAGUCAAAUGUGUCAUAGCAUGAUUUUUUUUUGUCAGACUUCUUAAGUGCCUGUAAUUCAUGUUAUUUCCUAUCAAUUUUGAGUUGAAUUAAUGCUUUGUGUGAAAUGUGACUAAACUGUAGAGUGUUACUGUGUGGUUUUCAGGGACGGCUGACUCAAAUGUGAGGUGUGUCAAAUGCCCAGAUGGCACAUUCUCUGAUACAGUCUCUGACAAAGACCCCUGUCGCCCUCAUACUGAGUGAGUUAAGGAUAGACACAUCUGUACACAGCUGUUUGGAGCUCAGAUUUUGACCCUGCGCUCUCUCUCUCUGUCUCUCCAGCUGUCAUGGGAAAGCUGUUCUCAGGAAAGGCAACGCUACAUCAGACACUGUUUGUGAAUCUAAGCCUCUACCAUCCAGCGCAGGGCCUGAAACCCCAACAACAGAAAUCCAUGCUGAAAUUUUUUCCACAAGUGCAAAAACAACAUUGAACACAGUUGCAGCAACCUCGACCUUCAAAGCCCAAGGAGGGCUGACAAACUCUACACCACAUGUCACCCCCUCUGUUCCAGGGGCAGUGUUCAGCAACUCAACAAAGAGCCCACCAUCGAGCACAGUAUCUGACCGAGAACUGGGUAGGUGGAUUGAUUGGUUUCUAUUUCGCCAUUCUAGUAAAGGUGUGAAGUCUGUGGGUAUUUCAAAAUCUCCCUCUUUCUGUCUUGUGCAUGUAUUUACCUCUCUGUUAGCUGCAGUCAUCGCCACUGUCAUCGGAUUCAUUCUCCUUUUCAUCGCCAUUAUGCUGGUGUGCCUUUGUAGAAGAGUCAGGAAGAAAGGUAAAUGUGCCCUAGAAAAAAAGAGGAAUAAUUAUGUCCUUGGUUUGUUGUAGAAGUUGUGACUUUAUCUAAAAUAUAUCCUCCAGUUAAAAAAAUAAGAGCAAUAAUUACAAUGACAAAUGAUGGUCAUUAACCAGAACUGUGUGUCUGAUAUUACUCACCCAAACUGCAUGUUUGCUCUCCUUUCUCUGAACAGAUAAUGCAAAAUUUGAACCUAAAAUAGAUGCAAAUGGAAAUUGUGAGGCUAGCAAUAAAGUGAGUAUGUCUCAUGCUUUUCAUUAUAGAUACUUUUGGUUAAAUUUACAGCCAAACAGAAACAAAAAACUAACUUUGCCAUGUCUUUCUACAGCAGAACAAUGGUGGUUAUUUGGGAGAAACCCAGAUGACUUCAUUUACCAGCACUUUACCAGAACAGCAGUAUCUGCUGGAGAAAGGAGAAACCAGCAGUGACCAGAGUCAGUCUAGUAAUACCACUGAUAGUUUAACCAGAACAGAAGCCUGCAGCAGUGAAGAGUCCAUUGGUCCUCUGCAGUCCAUGGGAUCUCUCCACAAUCCCCACUCUGCGCUGUCAGAGCCCAUGCCUUUGCUCUCUAACACCGAGUCGGACAUUACACAAACAAGCGUCCCCACACAGGUCUCCUCUUCACAGCCCACUGUGACUACCAGUCCUCAGGUCAACGUCAACAUCACAUUUAACAUAGGGAAUGGUUCUGCUGGGACACCAGCCGUUUCGCCUGUAGACUUAAUGCAGGCAGACUUAAAACUCCCCUUUGGCGAGGAGGAGGAGUCAUUCAGCAUCCCACAGCAAGAGGAUGGAAAACAAUCAUUGAUGUCAGCGGAGGAGACUGCAAGUUAUAGGGCAUGAAGGACCACAUACAGAAGUGAACAAUGUUUGUUUUACGUUGUUGUUAAAAAAAAAAACAUUGAAAACAACCUAAAAGGUGACAUGAUGCACUUUUUGGUUAUGGCUUUUUCAAGACAAGUUCAACCUUAAUUUUGUUCCCGUAUCUGAGUUAUCAUUUGCCAGGUUGUUCAUGUAUAUAGAAACCACUGUAAAUAAAGAUGUGUAUACUGUAUUUCAUUCAGAGAUGUAGAGAUACAACCUUUGCAAUAUAAAAUGUAUAUUACGUAUGCUGUUAUCUUGAAUGUAUUUGAAUUAGAAUUUACAAAGUUUUGUACAAAGAGCAUACAAUUUGUUGUUUGCAGUAUGUUGAUGGUGGAAAAAUGAUUUUCAAUCCUAAAUGUAAAUAGUAGGUCGUGCAGUCAUGAUGUAACUCAGAAGUAUGGGUGAGUGUGGAGUACAACACACCUAUUAACAACAGUAAAAGUACUCACUAGGCAGCUGAAAA